CUUUUAUAUCACAGAGCUUUUGAACUGCCCCCAACAGUGAAUAAAAAGAGGGGUAAGGCCUAUAGGUGAGAAAGGAGAGUCAGGAGCUUCUCUUUCCUGCACAACCUGAACUGAUUCUUUGGACCCGGUAAAAUACAUAACUUUCCUGCGGCUCUUUUUGGUGUUGAAGGAUAUUGACUACAAAUAGCAGGAUUCUUGCAGUCUUUGUACUUAAGGAAAUGUCAGAAAAGAUGUGCAGCAGCAGCAACAGUGUUGUUCAAACACAAAAACUGGUGGAUCAACUUCGAGUGGAGGCAAGCAUGGAGAGAAUCAAGAUCUCCCUGACAGCAGCAGAUUUGGUCCGGUACUGUCAGGACCACAGGCGCAGCGACCCUCUGCUCACCGGCAUCGCCGCCUCGUCCAAUCCGUUCAAAGACAAGAAGACCUGUGUGCUUCUCUGACAGUCCUGGGUAGAGAUGACCAGCUGCCAUAUGGACAACUACUGUCUGAGAGUGCAACCACAGACUUUCUCCAGUCAAAUGUGGACAAUACAAACCAUUUAGUAUUUUUUUACAUCUAGGCUAAUUUUUCCCUUAA